AUGGCUCCACUGUACAGAGCUGUGUUGCUUACAGCACGAUAAUAACACCGUUAACGGUUAUAUUUGAGCAAACAGCUGCGCGAACAGCGUCUGCUCUGACUGCCGGUGUUGUUCUUCUCCCUCUAAACCCGCUUUUUAACCGCUAAGUUUGUUCAGAAAGACAAAAAAUGAGCGACGAGGACGACUUUUUGCAGAAAGCUCGGACCGGGUUUGAUGAUCUGUGUCGGGCUUUGAAUAUGGACGAAGAGGCGAGCAGCGAGGCUUGGAAGACCUACGAAAACAUCAGCAGAAAUUUUACAUUAGAGGGCAGCGAGCUGCACUGGCUGGCCUGCGCUCUGUACGUGGCCUGCAGGUCCUCAGUGCCGACGGUGGGAAAAGGCACCGCCGAGGGGAACUUUGUCUCUCUGACCCGAAUCCUGCGCUGCUCAGAGAUGAGCCUCAUAGAGUUCUUUAAUAAGAUGAAGAAGUGGCAGGACAUGGCCAACCUCACUCAGGACUUCCGUCAGAGCACCGACAAGCUGGAGAGAAACUUCACCGUGUCGGCGGUCAUCUUUAAGAAGUACGUUCCCAUCUUCAAAGCCAUCUUCAAGACCCCGUCUGAGGAGCCGCCGCGAGUUCACCGCAGCCGCAAACAGAGACGUCAUCCCUGCACUGUGACCGAGGUCUUCAACUUCUGCUGGGUCCUGUUUGUCCAUGCCAAAGGGAACUUCCCGAUGAUCAGCGACGACCUGGUGAACUCGUAUCAUCUGCUGCUGUGUGCUCUCGACCUCGUCUUCACCAACGCUCUGCUGUGCAACGCCAGGAGAGAUCUGCUCAACCCGAACUUCAAAGGUCUACCAGAAGACUUCAGCAGCAAAGACUACCGGCCGUCCUCGGGUCCGCACUGCUUCAUAGAGCAGCUGUGUGAGCUGCAUGACGGCCUGGUGCUGGAGGCCAAAGGAGUCAAAGAACACUUCUGGAAACCUUUCAUCAAGAAACUUUUCCACAAGAGGAUUCUCAGAGGAAAAGAAGAUGGUCUGAGCGGCUUUCUGGAUCCUAUGAACUUUGGAGACAGUUUUUUAUCUCUCAGUCGGGUGUACGAGGAACACGUUCUGGCCACUGGCGGUCUGGAUGAAAGGAUCUUCACCGGCGAGGGGGCGAGCGAAGACAUCGGUACGCCGGGGCCCUGCCUGUGUGAAGGGGCGGAGAACCAGGACAGCGCCACCCACAGGCUUCACGCCAGCCUCACUGCCUCGGCUCUGAAGGUCUCCACUCCUCUGACAGGCAGGAAGUACGUUCAGGAGAACAGUUUGGCGUCUCCGGUCUCGUGUGCCAUGAAGAGCGUUGGGCGACUCCACACCCUGCUGUCAGGGACCAAACAGGGGCCGAGCGCUAAGCUAAUGGAGACUCUCAGGACCUGCGCCAGAGACCCCAGUGAUGUCAUCAGCAGGCGCCUGAAGGACAUGUUUGAGCUCUUCUCUCAAUAUUUCGAGGGCCAUGGGGAAGAGAACUGGGGGAUGGGGAAAGAAAUGGCAGUGAAGUACUUCCACCUGGCGGAGGCGCUCUACUACAGGAUCCUGGAGUCCAUCAUUGAGAGAGAGAAGAUGAUACUGGGAGACGCUGAUCUGUCUUGUAUUCUGGAGCAGGACGUCUUCCAUCGCUCGCUGCUGGCCUGCUGUCUGGAGAUCGUCAUCUUCUCCUAUAGACCUCCGGGAGAUUUCCCCAACUUGAUCGGCAUCUUCCAGCUCCCCGCUUAUCACUUCUACAAGGUGAUCGAAGUGUUGGUGCGGUCGGAGCAGGGUCUGUUUCGGGAGGUGGUGAAGCACCUGAACCAGGUGGAGGAGCAGGUCCUGGAGAGCCUGGCCUGGACCAGCGACUCCCCACUGUGGGAGAGCCUCCGUGGAGCCAAAGACCACGUCCCCGCCUGCCAGCAGGUGAUGCCUCCUCAGUAUCUGGAACAAAAUGAUGAAAGCAGCUCAGGCAGCGUUCCUGUCACUCCCAUCAGCCAUCGACCAGACCUCAACACCAGCAGCACUCUCAAAGGUGUGUCCCCCUCCCCCACCACCCUGCUGGACAGGUACAGCUCUCCUCCCACCGGAAUGGCUCGCCGCCGUCUGUUUGUCGACCCGCUGGACGGCGAGCCCGGAGCCACCUCCACCGGCACCACCAGCACCACCGGUACGGCGUCGGCAGCCGUGACCAAGACCGGCCAGGCCAGCCUAGUGACGACCAUCCCGGCCGGGCAGACUGUGGUCACCGUGGCAACUGCCACCGUUACCGCCAACAACGGGCAGACGGUCACCAUACCUGUGCAGGGUAUAGCCAAUGAGAGCGGAGGCAUCACCUUCAUCCCAGUCCAGGUGAGUGUGACCGGACAGGGCGGAGCCACGCUACAGCCGCUGUCCGCACAGACUCUGACUGGCACUCUCACCGUCCAAUCAGCCGUCACCAAACCAGCUGCCAAACCAGCCAGCAGUCCGCUGAGGAAAGGCUCGCUGUCACUCUUCUUCAGGAAGGUGUAUCACCUGGCCAGCGUCCGUCUCAGAGAUCUUUGUGCCAAACUGGACAUCUCGUCAGAGCUGAGGAGGAAGAUCUGGACGUGUUUUGAAUAUUCUCUGGUUCACUGUACCGAUCUGAUGAUGGACCGACACCUCGACCAGCUCCUCAUGUGUGCUGUUUAUGUCAUGGCAAAGGUGACCAAAGAAGACAAAUCCUUCCAGAACAUUAUGAAGUGUUACCGCACUCAGCCUCAGGCCGGCAGCAAUGUGUAUAGGAGUGUGUUGAUCUCAGGGAGGAGGAGACGUCACUCAGGCAACAACAACAACACCAACAAGCACAGCUCGUCUGCAGACCCCAACCAGGAUCCAGCAGGUGGGGACAUCAGUCCAGUUCCGAUUCGCUCCAGCAGCACCUUGCCCACCCCGCAGCCUGGCAGCGCCCCCUCCACCCCCACCAACACCUACACUAAGAACUCCCCCUCCUCCUCUUCCUCCACUGCCUGCGAGGGAGAGGAGGAGCGGGGAGACCUGAUCCACUUCUACAACAGUGUUUACAUCAAACAGAUGAGGCACUUUGCUCUGCGAUACUCGGCGAGCUCGCCAUCUGCGGGGGUGGAGUCCCCCCCUCUGUGUCCGUACCCCACCCUGAGGACCGGCUCUCCUCGUCGGAUGCUCCUGUCCAGCAAACACUCCAUCUACAUCUCUCCUCACAAGACAGGCUCCGCCCCCACAGCGACCACCCCCCGAGACAAGAUUUAUUACUACAUCUGCAGCAGCCCCCCCAACCGUCUCCAGGAGAUCAACAGCAUGAUCCGGACCGGAGAGACCCCCACCAGGAAGCGCAGCAUGCCUCUGGAGGAGGAGACUUCACCCAAGAGGGUUUGUCCUGACAACCACUCCGCCCUGCUCCGCCGCCUGCAGGACGUCGCCAACGACCGCAGCUCCUCGCACUGAGGCCACACACACACACACACACACACACACACACACACACACACACACACACACACACACACACACACUCUAAGUAUCACCACAGUGACAAACCAUACUGUCACAUCACCACCCAUCAUGCUACGCCUUCACAGUCCUGUCAUACGUGGAGGAGAUCAGACUUUCAGGAGCAUUUUGGUCACUUGUGCCUGAUGAGUCCACAGUGAGGUCACGUGACACACCUGUUGCAUCAGUUUCAGCUCCCAGUUCUGACUGGCGAGUCUUUACUGUGUAGCUCAACGAAGUGAGAAUCUAAAAAUGUGUCUUUGUGACACUGCAGCAACAAAACAACAAAAACUCGUGCAGCUCUGUUGCUCAUCACAGUCAUUCUUAAAGGUCACAGACAUGAACCCACAGGAGGACAGAGGACAGGUAAAGGUCCAGUGUGGCGUGACCACAGGUGAUGAUCGAUGCAGUCAGGGUCAAAGUUCACGCUCCUUCUCUGACUCAUAGCGCACAGACAUGAAGCACAUAUUCUUAGAUUCACUGUGACUUACACAAGCCUGGCAUCACCAAAGCAAAUGAAACUGGUUCCCAGGUUCCACUUCCUCUUCCUGAGGACUUCAUUUUUGUGUCACGCAUAAAACCGUAAAUGCACCAAGAAAUCAUAGAAAAAAAGGAGUCUUCAGAACCUGCCGGAGAGUCUUCAUGGUUUUAAAUUUUCUUCAGAUUUCUGAUCCAGUGAUAGUUGUCUGAACAUCCAUUAGUGCGCUGCUAACAGGAGCCGCUAGCAGCUAACUGCUAACAGCUAGUUCAGCAGACUGUUAAUGGAGACACUUUGACUCAAUGUAAACAAAUAUAGACUAAAAAUGGGGAUCAGGUUGCAGCAUAACUAAAUAGUUUUUUCCUGUUUGAUAUCCCACAAUGCAUUCUGGGAACUGUGGUUUCAAAACUAGAGCAUGAUUUUCCCCCAAGGAGUGACAGAGUGACCCUCGCACACUGUGGCGGCGGCAGCAGAGGCCAGUGUCGGCUGAGUGUUAAUUCUCUUUCAGGACUAAAUUUAAUGUUAGCGUAGCUCAGAGUUCUUUGCGGGCUCAGGCACGUUAGCGAUUAGCUUGUCCUGCUCCGUUAACUUUAAACUAAUAUUUAAUGUAGCCGAGUCGACGAUGAACAUCUGCGAAAUAUCUAAAAGAUGAUUUAUGAUUUCUAACAACUCACAAACGUUAAAGAACAUUUAACAGAAUUCACUAUUAAUUUUAGCUCUAUGUAAAGUCGAUAACAGUUUACAUAGUUUUAUAAAUUCCACUGAGUGAAACAGAAGUUUUGUCAGGUAAUUGACAUUUUAGUCUAUAAUCUUCUAUAAUCCAUCGCACGGAGCUGCGACAGACGUCCGUCACAGGCCGAAUAUUUUCAAUAUUUGCCAGUGAAGUAAAUAUGACUGUAUUACACUGAGUAAACAAAACAAAAAGACCAAAACAUGACUUCAAACCAACAACACGACUAAAACAAAAACCUCCAUUUAAAAUUCCUCUCAGAAUGACGCUGAGUCCUGGUUGGAAUCAAUCAUCAAUCAAAGUCGAUCAGUCAUCAAACAGAUUUCGCCUGCAGUGCGUCGUAGAAACAGAACUAACGUUGCGUUGCCGCUGAUUUCUCUUCAUUCCGUCCAUUUCUUCUCUGAUGCAUGAAUGUAUUUUGGGAUUUCAUUAUUGAUCGUUUUUUUUACGUGAAUUUUCUUACUGAAGUGAAGGUUUGAUGAAGUAGCAGCAGCUUUCUGACAUUCUCAUGUUUGAUUUUUACUUUAUUCUCUUCUACUUAUUCACUUACAGUUUUAUCAUCGCUGUGUUUUCUGUGACGUUUAAAAGAUUCUGUGUUUAUUUAACCGUUAGUUUACAAAAGAGAUGAAAAAACUCUCCCUGACUUUUGUUUUUAAUCAUUUCAAACACUAACAUCUGUCAGUUAAAGGGCUCCAGACAGAUGACGACUGACCAUGUUUAAAUGUGAUUUUUCUAGUCACACCAGCAGAUAUGAUGGUCUCAUUUUCCAUGUAGGACUGAAACUGUGUGUUUCUCUACAGGAUACGUCCUCCUCCUGUUCUCGUGUACUUUAACUGAAAAAAACUGUGUUAUUGUCGACCGCCGCGUGUAAAUAUUUGUAAAAAAAGAGAAAAGAAAAGCUAUUUUAUGGAGGUGAUGUAAAUUAAGUGCCUUUAUUUUUUACUCCUGAAAUCUGUUUGUUUGUUUGUCAGACAAACUUUACUUUUAUUAGAUUUUCUUGAUUGUAAAAGCUCUGAUGGAAUAAAUAGAAUGUUUAAAGUG